AUGUCGUUCCAUCCUCAGACUCCCCAGAGCCCAUCGCAAUUCUCUUCCGGGACCUCGGAGCCCGUGUUAAGCGUGGCAACCUCCAUGACCUCCACGGCCACCCCGACCACUUUGCCGACUCCCGCCCACAGCGUAACUGGAAGCGCUCAUCACGACCUCAUUAUGGCCGACGACUCUCCCCACAAGCGGAAGCGCUCCGUGGAUGACAGCGGCGACCGCGAGCAGAAGAAGGUCCACGUCGAGGAAAGCAAGCUGGGCAUUGAGGACCUGCAUCUAGAUGUGGGGAAGAAAUACCUGCUUUGCCAAACUCCCCAUCCGGAAUCAUUACCGCGCGUAUCGGAAGAUCUCUAUGACAUGUUCAACCUUAGCGGACUCGCCGCCGAAGUAGCUCGAGAAAAGCCCAACGGAGAAAAGAACGCACUACGCUCAUCCUACACAGGCCAUAUGAAGCGCCUAGGUAUCGCUGGUCACUGGAAGGUGCAAAGAACAGACAAGGAAUCUAACGAGAAGCCCGAUUUCUUCGACAUCCUACACAUGCCCGAUGAGGAUUGGGACAACACCAUUGUCAAGGGCCAAAACAUCAAACACGGGCUAUCACAGGCAAGCGUCUCCACUCUCGGCCGAGCUGUCACCAUGGCCAAGGGACCUAUAGGGAAGAGAGACUGGGACACAUCAGUAUUGGGACUCCAGACUCCAGGUGGAGACUCGAAGCUACCAUCAUCCGCGAGACCUACCGCUCCUAACACUCCUCUUAACGUUCCUGGCGCAGUAGGACGACUAAAGACCCAGGGCCCUUCAGCAAACGACCCCAACCGACCAAAGCGCAACGUCAAGAAGCGAACAUACGGCGACAGCAGCUUCGAGGGCUACGGCGAAGGCUACCCUGACGAUGACACGGCCGUGGAAGGAGGAUAUUCCACUGGAGAGGGAGAGGGCGGUCAAAAGCGACGCAAAAAGAACCCAGGCAAUGCCUCGCCAUACCCAGGUGCUAUGCGCCAACAGAGCUACGGCCCUGGCAUGGUUGGCGCAUGA